AUGAGCGAGUUGGUGACGACUACCCAUGGACCACGUGAACGGUUUUCGGUCCGAUUCCUGUGCUUCCUUCUUUUCACAUCAAUUUGUCUGAGUGGCCAGGUCUUUGCGCAUGCGGAUUCCUUGGAAGUUUCUCUUUGUGAUGGACAAGAGAAGGAGGGCUCGCCAUGCGAUCCGACAAAUCAAGACGUGACCCCUCCUUCGUACAUUGUGGUCUCUACCACAACCUCCGGUUUCCUGAGCAGAACCACUCUGCAGCCAACUGCUAGGGAUGGAUACCUUGAGGGCUUUGAAAUUCCGAGGCCCGUUCUCGCGUUCCCUGACAUAGCCAUAGUUGAAGACCCCAAAGAUGUUGCUAAGAAAGCAGGGCAACUGGAGGGGCUUCCCUCGGCGACCGUGGAGUAUAUCAAAGUAUCAGACAGCCCCCGCAUGGUCCUGACUCGCAAAGGACUGUGCCUGAAAGAAUUUGACAGCGCCUCCGUCCACGUAGAACAGAUUCACGAAUUCGCAGGCCGCCACCUUCUCACACUGGGUUUUCCGCGCGCACAGUCAUUCGCUGGAAGCUCCGACACGGUGCAAAAACUGGUCGCUGAAUCGAUUACCGAUGUGUCUAUGGACCCUUCGGGGUGGGAGCGAAGAAGCGACGCCUACUUGGUUUGCCUUGACAAGUAUCAAUUCCCGAAGAUGUGGCCCGAGAGAAAAGCUGUUAGUUUCCCGGAAUUCAAGGAAGGUUCUUGGAGAAAACGCGUCAAAGUCCUAGAGGUGGUUCCGUUUUCCGUGGCCGGAGAGAAGAGCACGCAUUCGUAUAAUCUACUGCUGACGCUGUCAGUCACCGUACCAUGGGUUGAAGAGACACACCGACGGUCUUCAGGAUCUGUCUCUUAUGCACAUGGGGAUGGACAUGAUGACUUCGACAUGGAGAUCUUCAAGCGAGAGGAGGAUAACCUUCAGGUUGAGAAGUUCUUGUUCGAGAUAAAGCUCGUUGUUAAAAAACCCUAUCACUUCGCAGUCGCGGUUGGCCUGCUUCAUGGAGCCGUCUGCAUGCUUUCGAGAGAACGGGACGCUGAGCCAAUUGACUUCAGCUGCCCGGUAUUUGACAGACUAUGGAAGCGACUGCAGACGCUCAGGGAACAGGAGACCAAAAUCAAGAAGAGAGCCAAGGCUCAUUCCAUCCUAGCGUCGGCUGCUGCUGGGGCAGCAGCUCUCGGUAUCUGGAGCAUCAUAUGGGGCCUGACUCAGCCACGGAAGCUCCGAAAGAGGUUGGACAACACCCUUCCUCAGCUACUGGAAUAUCAGUUCAAACUGGCGCAGCAGACCGCUCUAAGCGAUGUAAGCCUUAUGGUGCGUCCUACCAACAUGAUGACCAUGUGGAGCACGAGGCACCGCAACCCGAGGGCGGCAGCGGGAGGUAUUGCUGAAGGCGUUGGAUUCUGGACGUUUCUGUCAGGUCUCGUAGGAACCAGUGCUGCCAUGGUCAAUAAGGUCACAACAGUAGACGUAGAGGAGAAAGCAAACAAAAGAAUCAAGGCCAGUCUUGGACAGCGAUUGGCUGCUGCCGCUGCCUCGGCGGUCACACUGUUUCGGAAAGGAACUCCAUCUGUCCUGAGAAUUCUGUUUAUAGUUUCUGACGAUUUUCAAUGA